CAACGUAUGAGCACGAAGAGUUUCUGUGACUACUAAGCGGAAGAUCAUCAGAUAAAUCUUUGAUCCAUGGCUGGAGUGUGCCGUGUCGUCUGGCACCAAAUGCUGGAUGUCGAAGCAGCACCUGGCGUGCGUCUGGCUCAUCGUCGUGUCCUCCCUUUGAUCUCCCAUAAAUUCUGCCACUUUCUGUGUAUCACGCUAUUACUGUUGAUUGCUGGAGUUAGCUUUUGACCAGUGUUGUUGGUUCCUUGUUAUCUUCCUUUGUGGCCUCAAGCAUGAAGACCUGUUUCAUUCUUUGGUUCGUCGGGGCCAUGGGUUGUGCUAGCCCAACCUUUGCAGAAACAAACCUACUUGACAUGGGUAAUGACCUCAAAAUUGAGGGUCUCAAUGUUGCCGACCUGAAGCAGGUUACAGUGGAGCUACCACGUCUCGAUGAUGGCAAGGGUGGCGUCCAGGAGUACUCGACUGCCAUCUAUGAAGUGAUGGAGGGCAUUAAUGAUGUUAAGAAAAUUUUGCAGGUGCAAAAGAGCCUGUCAGUGGAAAAAUCCACCAUGGAGGAUCAAAUGAAUGAGUUUGCCAGUGCCACCAUGAUGCUCCAGAAAGCUGUCCAUGACCUCCAACAAACACCAGAGUCUGAGAUGGCAUCAGCUGAGCUCCAGAUGCUCAUGCAACAGGUUUCUCGUGAGCUAGAAAAGGCACAAACAGUAGCAAUUGAUGCAAAGGAAGCCACCAUCAAGGCCAGUGCUCAACGUCGCUUGUUUGACGAGGAAGCUAGCUACAACGAUAGCACUGGCAGCUACAGUGGGAGUUUGACCUCACAGAUUCCAAAGAAAUAUCGUACUCAUUCCAAGCUUCGCCGUCAUUUUCACAUUCAUGACAAGAUUGCCAAGGGAGACCACACCCAUUUGGAUCACAUACUUGAACGCUUGUCACCAAGCUAUGCCAUGCAUGGCCGUAGACUGGAAAAUAACACUGCUGAAACCAUGAAAGAAACCUGUGAAAAAACUGUUUCCUGUGUGAAAGAGUUCUCUCUCUAUGACUUCGUUGCACACUUUUAUGGUGACUAUGUCAAUGAUGAGGGAGAGAUUGAUGACAAAAAGAUGCCAAAACAGUCUAAUAAUUUUGACUUCUUCACGAAGUUGGAGAGUGUCAGGGAUGCUGUGAAGGCAAUUGAUGACAAUGGCCUGAAUCAGACCAACUGUGCCACCUUUUUGAGAGAGAUGCACCAAUCUGAGAUGGUAGAGCUCUACAAUAAAACUUACUAUGACCAGUACAAAGGUCCAACCUGGCGGGAAAUUUGUUCGGCCGAGGGCACAGCAAAGUACAUAAAGCUGGAACAAAUCAAGAAGCAUGUUGGGUCUAAUGUGGCAUACCACUUGUUCGAGGACAUGUCUUUGUGUGCUAACACUAUAGGAGAUCCUGUCCUAUUUGACAAGAAAGGCCUAGCUCGUGUUCCAAUCCAACCAAAAGUUGACUCAAGUGCUGCUUCAGAUUUGAAGAACUUUGACAAAUAUGGUCAGCCCAACUUUCCAAUCCAAGUUGAAUCAUUCUUCAAGUUUGAAUCAAUUGACAUCAUUAACAAUGAGUACUUUGUGGGAGAGUGCUACAACAAGACCAAUGCCUACUUCAAGGAAAUCUUGGAAAAAAGUAACUUCAACAUCACAAACACAGGUGCUCUGAAGAGGACUUACCCAGAAAAGAUAGUUUGGGAUUGUGAUUGGAUUUCAGCUGUUGGCAAUGGCUACAGCAACUGGGAUUGCACAGUGAAAAUCGAUGAAAAGGACCUCUGUGGGAAAGUGAAAUUUGUAAACAAUGUGCACCCUUCUACAGGAGUUGCAGAUGGUGAUGGGAUCAAGACGCAGAGCAUCAAGAGCUCCAUCUAUGAGUUGGGGAGCUUUGACAUGGAUGAUGCAGUUACCCUGCUGCUAGGUCCAAAGACCAGUGUUGGGUUGGUGUGUGCCUAUGCAGAGACCAAGAAGGAUGCCCCUGGCUACUGCUGCCUGGAUCAACCUUGGGAACGAGAGGGAAAGCUGUUUGGAACAAGUUUUGAAUGCAGAGAAACUGAAUCAGCAUGCCAACAUGUGGCCAAGGGCCUUGGUGGGUUUUCAAAGGAGUCGUGUGCAGUGUACUCCGGAACCUACUGCUCAAAGCCCACUGACUGUAGUCUCUUGAAACAGUGUGUUGCAGAUGAAGUUCAAUGGGCAAGAGAAAACAACAAGACUACAUACAAAGGGUUUUUGUUAGACGCCCCAGACCUGAAGGAUGUCACUAGUGUUGAUGAAUGUGGAAGAUUCAAGGAGUAUUUUGGGGCAGAAUCAAGAGAUCCUGACCUGUAUGGAGUGUGCGAGGAUAUCCAGUACCUCAGGUACAAUACAAAUUUUGAAGCUCUAGAUGCAAACAAACCUAAAGUUGCUCAAUUGGCAGAGUUGCCAAAAGGAACAGCACUGGUGGCACCGACAGAGCCUGAAAAUGGAGAUGACUACUUCAACACUUGGAUUCGAAGCAUUCUUGCCCUGGAAACAAUUACCAAUACUGCUUCAAAGGUUUGGGAGGCAAUCAAGGAAGCCAAAGUGACCUGUGAGGCCAUGCCUUUUGAUUUCUUGAAGAUACCCUGCUUAAUUGCUUGGUACGUCUUGGUAGUCAUUUCCUUUUUGUCCUAUUGGCUUGGUGAGCAGGCCGUGGCAAUAGCCAAUCAACAAUAUGGCAAUGCACAGAUUAGUGACAGGCAGAUGUAUGUGAUUUUGGAAAACACCAAAGUGCUCUACAAAAAUAUGAAAGCUGUUGAUGACAAUGUGGCUGCUAAAACAGGUGGCCUUCAGGCUAGCUUGACUACAGUUAAUACUGAAGUUGGCAAGAUCCAAACGGAGUUGGCAGCUGUCUACAAGCUCAUCAAAAGUGGCUCUAGUGGGUCAAGACGAAAGCUUGGAACCAGCCUUUUGGAGACUGACAUGACUGAAGGCCUCGACAGUUUUGACAGCCAAGAAGUCUAUGUCCCUCCUUCUCUUGGUUGGGAGAAAGACCAGGAGACGCAAAGACUCAGUGUUCCUGGUAAAGUCUUUCAGUCUACUGAUCAAGCAAUCCAAUUCCUUCACAGCUCUCUAAGUUUACAAGAAGAUGGGACCAAGCUGGAUAUCAAGGAGGUUGAUGUUACAAGUUGUGAGGCAGUCUUUGAUGUCCUGCCCACUAAGGAAGAAUCUGUGGGCAAUGCCACUUCAGUCAAAGCUGCAGUGGACAGCAAAGCACCCGCUGUGAGCUGUGGCUUCUUCCUGGAUUCCUCUGUUGCUUCUGUAUCCCAUGAUGGCAAGACCCUUCUGCUGUCUGAUCAAGGGACUGGUGGUCUCUUGGAUAGCAGCUUUUCUUACGCUGUUCAGGAUGACUGCUCCAAAUCUGUUGAUGUUGAUGUAACUGUCGUCACUAACCAAUGGGAUGAGAAGACUAGCUGUGUUUUGGUGGAAUCAGAUUCGGAUGAGGCCAAUAUUCUGGUUGCCCCAACAACGUGCAAGAGCAGAGACAGCCUUUGCUACUCCAGCUCUAGUACCAAUGAGCGCCUGUAUGAGAUUCGUGUUACUGCAACCGAUGCCUCUGGGUUGGUGGGAAGAGAUACCUGCCACAUUGUGGUGUUGCCCUCGGAUAGUGUGGAGCACAAAGAGGCACUCUCCAGCAUAAAGACAUCUAUUCGUGGUGCUGGGCCGGACAAAGUAGCUGAGCUCCUUGCCUCAUCUGCCUCUACAAAGAAAUUCAAGGUUGGCAGUCUCCAGGUUACAAAGGAAGGAGAGAGCUUGUGAAGUGCUUUGAGUGAGUCUGGAUGUAGUACCAGAAGAGGCAAUGCCAAGAUGAAAGCAAAUCCAAAGGAAAACGAGACAAGAGCAAGAUGAAAACAAGAACGAAAACAAGAACGCCGAACCCACCCAUCCAUUGCCAGGCCUGACAUGGCGGAACCAGGGAGGCGGAUUUAGUAUAUGAUUACAUGCAAUACAUGUUUAGGAGAAAACCAAGACGAGAUGCCAAUGAUGAAAGUCGAAAGAUCAAGUUGAUGUUGGAAUUCAAACAAAACCGCAAUAAUGGGCAGAAACAAGCCCCCGAUCACAGCAAUAGGCGUGAUUAAGUAAUACAUAAUAGCAAUACGAAUAAUGGACUCAU